AUGGCGCUGGCUGCGCAGGGCACGCUGCAGGACCCGCGGCAGGUUGAGCCGAGCGAGCGGCUGCGCGACCUGGCGGCGCCGCGAAACACCAUCUUCCCGCAGACAUUGCUGCAGGAGGGCACCUUCGGGCGCAUCUACAGGGGCGUGUACCAAGACGAGGACAAGGGCCGGCAGGUGGAGGGUAAUAUAAACAACGGUGUAGUUCUUUCCAGGUUCCUGCAGAAUUGCCGAUCUCGAGGUGAGGAACAGUACACGCUGCUCACUCAAGACAUCGUGGACAUGGGCAUUCAGGUGGUGCUGGCGAUGAUGUACCUGCACGGCCAGCGCAUCUGCCACCGCGACCUGGCGGCGCGCAACUGCGUGGUGGACGAGAAGCUGCGCGUGAAGGUGGCGGACAACGCGCUGGCGCGGGACCUCUUCCCCGCCGACUACCACUGCCUGGGCGACAACGAGAACCGCCCCAUCAAGUGGCUCGCCGUCGAGAGCCUGCUCCACAAGCACUUCUCCGGCGCCUCCGACGUGUGGUCGUUCGGCGUGCUGCUGUGGGAGCUGACGACGCUGGCGCAGCAGCCCUACGCGGAGGUGGACCCCUUCGAGAUGGGCGCUUACCUGCGCGACGGAUACCGCCUCGCGCAGCCCGUCAACUGCCCCGACGAGCUGCGCAUUUCGCUGGCUGAGUGCGUGUGUCCGCGCUGUGUCAAGUCGCCCCCUCCUCCUCCUCUUGCGCCCGAGCGAGUGGGCGCGCGCGCCGCGUCUGUCGCAUGA